AUGGCGCUCACCACCAACUUCUGGAUUCUCUCCUUCCUUCUCUUCCUUAUCGCUUCCCCACUCCUCCAAGUUGUUAGAUGUCAGUCAGAUGAAGCUGCAGAGAAUGCGGGUGAAGUGAAUGACAUUGGAAUUGUUGGUGAUGAAACUGAUGAUGCUCAAGACUUUGCGGAUGGAGGCUUCCCUUCUGCCCCGGGAAUUGAUACCAUCUGUGUCUUCCCUAAGAAUAUUGCAAGAUUGGUAAAAGGUGGUGAAGAGGCAGAGCUGCUUGUUGGUCUGAAAAAUGAUGGGCACUCGAGUUUGAAUGUUGUUGCAAUUAGAGCUAGUGUUCACCUUCCAUUUGAUCGUCAUCUUCUUGUUCAAAACCUUACUGUUCAGGUUUUCAACAAUGGCUCUGUGCCAUCAUUAGCUCAGGCUACUUUCCCAUAUAUAUUUUCUGUCAGCAAAUUCUUGCAGCCUGGACCGUUUGAUCUUGUGGGCACCAUUGUAUAUGAGAUAGACCAACAUCCAUACCAAAACACCUUCUACAAUGGAACAAUUGAAGUUGUUGAGCCUGGUGUUUUAUUCAGCAUGGAAUCUGCUUUUCUUUUUACUCUUGGAACUGCACUUCUCGUCCUACUUGGGCUAUGGAUUAAUGGUCAAAUACAGAACCUUAAGAAACCAAAAAGAUCUUCCAAAGUUGAAGUUGGGACUAAGACUACAGAUGCUUCAAUGGAUGAAUGGCUUGAGGGAACUGCGUAUACUCGGUCUACGUCAAGCAAAUCUAAGAAGAAGUAG